CAAUCGUACACCUGAAACCCGUGACGUUUCCAUUUCCCAUUUGCCCAUAGAAUUGUUGGGUGAAACUUAUAGACGUAAUAUCACACUACUUGGCGUUUUUCUCACCAAUAACAAUGUUCAAUGUAACGCCAUUUGCAGUAUAGGAAAUAACAUCGAAGAUGCCAUCAUCCGGUUUUGAUUAGCUGCUUUCAUGACAACUCACUACCGAAAGCAGCGUUAACUUACGGCCACGCAAAGGACACCUGGUGAGAGGAGGCCUGAAGACAGUCACGGGCUACCUUCAGUCCACCUCAACUCCGAUUUGGCUUUCUUAAAGUGUCACUUCAGAAUGGCCAGCCAUUUCCGCAGCUACAUCUGGGACCCAGUUCUCAUUGUGUCUCAGAUUGCGUUGAUGCAGUGCAUCUAUUAUAGCUUCCUUGGAUUGUGGCUUGCUGGUGUUGAUAGCCUUGUACAGACAAAUAGAUCUCUCGACCAAAUUUUCAGCUAUGAGGUAGUUGGUUUUGGGACACCUCAAGGCAGACUCUCAAUGAUGGCAUUCAUCUUAAAUUCAUUGACAUGUGCUCUCGGCCUCUGGUUCUUCAUCCGGCGUGGCAAGCAGUGCUUGGAUUUCACCGUCACAGUGCAUUUCUUUCACAUGAUCGGAUGCUGGGUGUACAACUCUCACCUGCCGGCCUCUCUCUCCUGGUGGCUCGUCAACGUGGCAUGUAUGGCCCUAAUGGCCGUCAUCGGGGAAUACCUGUGCAUGCGGACUGAGCUCCGAGCUAUUCCGGUCAACACCGGACCCAAAUCAAACCUCUGAGGGAUCAUUCGUACUGGCAUUCUCGGGGUGGACUGUGGACAGGCUGGACUAGUUGCCAUUUUCAGUCUUUCUGUUGCUUUCUGUUGCUACAUUAUCAAUGACUACACUUGACUGAAUUGACCUGGAACAAAGGUCUUCUGUCAGAGAUUGAACAGUUAUGUCAAUAAGCAAAGAAUGCCCCUGUAAUCGCUGAUGUAUAGAUUAUGUUGUGUUUUAUUUAUUUUCUCUGACAUUCUUAAGCGGCUGCAAUUUUAGAAUUUUAUAAUGGUUAAGUAUUACACAUUUCUGAAGAGAGAGAAAAUGGUCAUAUAUGAUGGAUCUGUGCAUCAUCUUGCUUUUGUUGGCCCAUAAUGAGGUACUAUCGUAAAUAUACAACAAAGCAAAACCUUUAUUAUUA